UGGCUCCUCCUCGGAUGGGGAACAAGAUGAAGAUAACCUCGCCGAAGAACUUCUUAAGUCAGUGGAUCAUCUACCACCCUGCGGAGAGCCAGGCAAAGCAGAAACUGCCUUUCUCCCACUUCUCAUCCUGUAGAGUUCAAACAGAAUAGGAUGGAGGAGAAGAAAAGCACCAACUUCUUUGAGUCCCCUCCAGAUGAAACAAACAAUGCCAAAAAGUCUAAGAAAAAACCUGACCUAGAGGAAGCUUCUUUGGCCAAGCCAGAGAUUCUGGAGAAUCCUCUCCGAGGCAAUGCCAUCCCAUCUCCAUUCGCGGAAAACACCUCAGCCUCUGUCUUCUUCAACCCCUUCCACAAAGCACAAGAGGACAAGAAGCUUGUCCUAGAGAAACACGUGAAGAUGACAGAUAACCCUAAGGAUGUGAUGGAGAUCAACGGCAAGAAGAUCUGCUGGAACUACCGGAAGGGCCGCUGUAAGUUUGGCCACAAAUGCAAGUUUGCACAUGACUCUGACAUCAGCCAACCUCUAGACCCCAAAGAAGCUCAGACCUCUAGUACAAAUCCUUCAUCUCUCUCCCAGACCACCCCUGGAACACAGGUCUUGGUGGAGGAACCUGCGUCUGAUGACACAUUGUCGAAAAAGAAGAAACGCCCUGGGCUGUCAGAUGGGCUUGUUCCCGGGAAAAAAGUUCAAAAAUUGUAUCGCUCACAACAAGCUAAAGAAUCACCAUGGCUGCUUAAGAGAUAGGGAGAUAUAAUGCAUUUUCAAUUGCCUUCUUCAUUUUUGUAUUGUUGAAUUUUUAUUGAAUAGUUGCAUAGUGCAUUGGCAGUAAGUUUCAUAAUGAAAUGAAUAGAGAAAUACAAUAAAAGUAUUUUUAUAACAUUUUGGUAAAUAGUGAUUUUGAUUAUGAAUAGUUCAGGCAAUAGAAAUGCUAUAUUAGAAUAACUUUUACGUAUGUAUUUGUUAGAAUGUAUCCAAAUUACUGAAAUUUUACUAAAUUUCCAAAUGUAAGAAUAUGAAACUUUUAAAUUCCAAAGCACUCAUAUGUUGUACAUUACUUAUUUCAAGUUCUUUGAAAGCACUUUCUUAUUUUUGGUAUUUGUUAAUGAUAUCAAAUGUGCUGCUCAUAAAAAGUACAUCCUGGGCAUCUAAGAAAGAAUAGAUAGAUAAACUGUUAGUAAAUACAUGAUAUGUGUAAAUUAUUAAGUCAUUGUUUGUUAGUUAUGAUUAUGCAUCCAAUUAGUUGGCUUCGUAAUAAGAGCCAGAGGCAAUAGAAGCAGCAAUAAAAUUUUGUCUUCUUUUGCUUGUUUGAAAAAUUAGGAGUUGCUCAGAGGCCAUAAUUUUCUCAGUGUACCUAAAAUAUUCACUACAUGUGAUAAAGUCAUUGUCUCUUAGUUAUACAGAAGCAUAGAAACUCAUCUAUGUAAUACAGCAUGAAUCUUAUAUGAGGGCAUGCAUGUCCGAGGUAAUUCUCAGACAAAUUACCUGAAAAUGUUUAAUGUCAGUUUAAAAGUUCAUCUUUUACAAAAGCAUCACCUUAUUCAUGUUAGUCAUGAUUGUAGAGUAUUAAUGUGAACAUAUUGAUGCUGAUGUUAUAGUUUAAACUAAAAACAUACAAUAAACUCAUUUUUGGACAACUGAUCUGAAACAAUGAAUGCAUAUACCUUCAUAUUAGCAAUACAUAAUUUCCUGCUGCCAGUUUAAAAGUGAUAAUGAUUUCCUUAUGCACAGUCUUAAUUCUUCAGAAUUUUAUACAGUUCGCAAUGUGUAUGGAAAUAUUUUUUCUUAUAUACAAGUAAUAAGAUGGUAAUGCUCUCCUUUACCCUUGUCAUUAAAAACACACUCACUGUAAUCUUGAAGCAGGUAUGUCCCUCUUCAGGCUUCUGCUUAGGAUGGAAACAUAUAAUCCGUAAAAAACAUAGAUAAAUGAUAAAGUAAACGUUUAAUAAUGUCUUAUUAAAUCAACAGUCUGAGGUCCUAAGCAGAAGUAUAUGCUCAAAGAUUACAAAUAUGCAAUAGUUUCUGCAUGUGUCAUAGUUGGAUGUAUUAUUUUAAAUAUUCUGAAGCAUAUUCUGCGUCAUAAAUACAGUUUGUGUUUUUGUGGACGUGUAAAAAGCCUUUGAGAUAUACACAUGAACAUAAAUUGCACAUGGCUGUUAGGUUACUUGGAGUGAAUGGUAAUUUUGUCCACAAUUUCUGAUCACAUACGAGGGAUAAAAAAAGAUAGUGCCAUAAAGUGAUGAAUAAUAUAUAGUUGGAAGUGAGUGUUUUAAGGCAUAACUUUUUACUUUUUAUGGCAUUGGUCUUGCACAGAUAUUUCCAUUGAUCAUUAAUUGUCUCAACUGCCACCCAACAAUUUUAUCAAUCUGGGUCAGUUUCAUACUGCGUAUAUAAUUUUCUUUUGUAUCUAGCCAUCACUCACUGUUGCAGUCCAAUAGCACAGCCAGCAGUCACAGAAUACUAGAAAGUGAAUGGUAUUGAUUGUUGAAUAUAUUUCUUUCUUGUCUGUGAUAGUGAAACUGACUUAGCAAACUGAUAGAAGAAAUGAUACACUUUCCACCAAAUAUAAUAAAGGUAUUUAUGGGUCUCUUGUAAGCUCUGUUUCUCAUAGUAUAGCAAAAUUGUUUACAUUUACUUUCUUCCUGUAUGUGUUGUUAUGUUUCUUUCUUUCCAUCUUUCUCGGUCAUCCAGCAGACCCUUUUCUCUUUCCGCAAAAUACCAGAUUUCAAAACAUACUCUGAUUUUGCUUUUUACAGCAUUUUCUAUUCGUAAAGGAUUGUCAUACUAAAAUUUCAAGCUUCCUGUAUGAAAGAUGUGAGCCAGAAGACAAAUUUAGAGAGAAAAAAAUGUGAAAAAGAGAAGACACAAGAAAUAUGCAAUUAUUUUUUUCUAUUUAGUAUGAUUUAAGUUGAUUUUGCAUUUGUUAAAACAACAUUGUUUAUAUAUAUUCAUAGAAAUUGUAUUAAGCAUAACCCAGCGUGAAAUCAAAGUCAUGGGCAUAGCUUCCACAGUGUGUAGUUUCAGAAGACUGCAGCAUUUCAUUCAUCUUGUUUUCUUUUAGUCAUAUAAAGCAUGUUACCAAUUUCUUACUGAAAUCUCUUUGCAGUAUAGUAAGAAAAUUAUUUUAUGUGUUACCCAAGUUCCUGAGUCAUGGAUAUAGAUCCUUUGCAUCACAUCAUGUAACUAAAUAAAGAGAUACCUGUAUUAAUACUGGUAAUUUUAUUAUGUAUUCGAAUAUGGACAUUGUUCAGUAAGAUAAAUUCAACUGAUUCGAAGUCUGAGGUACAAGGCAGUUGUAUAGUACGCUCGGCUAUUGAUUGUUUGUAUUCGUAGAUUAAUUAAUGGCAAUAAAAUAACCAUGAUUUUU